AUGUCGUUGCCGGACAGCCUUGGCCUCCCUUCUGUCCUCAACUACAUCACACAAGAGUUCCGUCGUUUUGAACGUGAGCGCGCUAUGUGGGAGUCAGAGCGUAGUCAGCUUAAUUCCAAGGUCGCUGUGCUGGAAGCUCAGAAUGAGGCUGCCUUCAAGUCGGUUGACGACCUUAAGCGGAGGGUGGUCAUGCUGCAAUACGCCCUGCGUCAGGAGCGGGCAAAGGCGGCUGCCGCGGGCGCUACUCGGGGGCAAGCCAGGAUGAUGCUGCAAAUCCUGCGGAGCGGGAAGAAGAUCCGGGUCAAGGCCGACACGGUGCGGAUCCCGUCACUGGCCGAGCUUGAGGCCAAGUCGCCGGCGUCGGCCACGGCCGGCUCGUCGUAUUCGAUCACCGAGCGGAGCCGGUCGCUGCUCCGGUCGUACCUCCAGGAGAUGGGCCUGCAGAACACGAUGGUGCACGCACCGGCGGGCGCGUCGCCGAGCAAGCCACCGCGGCGGGACACGCCUACACCGGUCGUGGCGCCAGAGCCGGCGAGCAGCGGCUUUGACAUGGACGCGCUUUCGGCAGUGACCGGUGCGGCGGAGCCUGCUCCCGUCCCGGCCCCGAUUGUCGAGCCGGAGGCGACGGUGGCUCGGCGGACGUCGAGCCGCGGGCGCAAGAGCAAGCUCGCCGACCAGAUGCGGGCAUUCCAGGAGGCCGAGGCAGCGCGAGAAGCUGAGGCAGGUGCGGGCGCCGAGGCCGAGACCGCGGCCGGCAACGAGGCGGACUCCGAGCUCGGCGGGCUCGCCGAGCUGAGCGCGGACAUUGCGGCCGGGGCGGAGGAGUCGGGCAACGGCAAGUCUUCCCUGUCUGGGGCGCCUGUGUGGAAACAGAAGCAUUUGCUGCGGUCGCACCUUGACGAGGUGCGCGCGGUGGCGUUCCACGCGUCGGAGCCCGGCCUGGUGACCGCGUCGGAGGACGGGACGCUCAAGUUGUGGAACAUGAACGUGAUGGCCGGCGGACGCAAGUCGUCGCAGGACCACGAGCCGGUGUUCACCUUCCGCGGACACCGCGGGCCGGUCUACUGCUGCGCUGUCGACUCGCACAACAACAUGAUGUUCUCGGGAGCGGCCGAUGGCAACGUGCGCGUGUGGAAGCUGCCGUCGCUGGCGUCGUCGCCGUACGAGUCGCAUGGCUCGGCGUCAGCGUACAAGCUCGAUCUUCUCUCCUCGCACACCGACGCCGUGUGGGGCGUGGCGGUUCACAGCUCACGCCCGCUCGUUGUCUCGAUCGGCGCCGACGGCUUUGUCAAGUUGUGGAACUACUCGGCGGCGCUCAACGCGGCGCCGCUGGUCAAGGGCGGCUCCGGCUCGACCGGCACUUCGCCGGUGUGGUCGGUGACCGGCCCGUCGGUCCCGACCGCCGUCACAUUCCUUGCCGCCGAGCCAGGCAAGGUCGUUGUCACCUACCGCGACUCGAGCGUCAUUCUCCACGACCUCGAGACCGGUGCGGCUAGCGCUACCAUCUCGUUGCCGGUGUCCGAGUCUGGUGCCGGCGGCGUGACGAGCCAGCCCAACGCUGUCGCGGCGCACCCGACGCUCCCAUGGCUCUUCACUGCGCACGAGGACAAGCGCAUUGUGAUCUACAACGUCAACUCGUCCGAAGUGGUCGACACCAUCGUGGCGCACCCGUCGGGCGUCGCCUCGGUCGCCGUCCACCCCUCGGGCCUCUACUUUAUGUCGGGCGGCCACGACUCGUCGGUCCGGUUCUGGGACGUCUCCACCCGCCGCUGCGUCCAAGCCGUGCAGAAGCAUCUUCGCAAGCACGAGGCGUCUAUCAACGCUGUGGCUUACCACGAGGCCAUGCCGUUCUGCGCCACCGGUGGCGCCGACUCGAACGUCCGUCUCUACGGCUGCUGA